AUGACGGCCCGGUGUGUGCGGUCCCUCUCCGGAGCCCUGAAGCUCGUCUUCAGCAGCCGGUUAACCAGGGUUUAUGGUGCUGCGACAUGCAGUCAAAGACACAAGUCGACUUAUGCUACCAUCCCUCCACCGGCACGGUACGGAGGCAGACACACCGUGACUCUGAUUCCCGGAGAUGGCAUCGGACCAGAGCUGGCCCACCACGUGCGUGAACUGUUCCGGUUCUGCUGUGUCCCGGUGGACUUUGAGGUGGUCGGUGUGGACUCAUCUAUGGCGUCAGAGGAUGACAUCAAUAACGCCAUCAUGGCGAUUAGACGCAAUGGAGUCGCACUAAAAGGUAACAUUGAGACCAACCACAACCUGCCACCAUCAUACAAGUCCAGGAACAACCUGCUCCGCACCACUCUGGACCUGUACGCCAACGUGAUGCACUGCCGGUCUCUACCCGGAGUGAGGACACGCCACAAAAACAUCGACAUCAUAAUCAUCAGGGAGAACACGGAGGGAGAGUACAGCAGCCUGGAGCACGAGAACGUACCGGGCGUUGUUGAAUGUCUGAAGAUCAUCACCAAGACCAAAUCUUUACGCAUCGCUGACUACGCAUUCAGAACUGCUCGGGCCCAAGGACGCAGACGAGUCACGGCUGUUCACAAAGCUAACAUCAUGAAGUUGGGUGACGGCCUCUUCCUGGAGUGCUGUAAGGAGGUUGCGAGCGGUUACCCUGAAAUCACCUUCGACAGCAUGAUUGUGGACAACACCUCCAUGCAGCUGGUUUCUAGGCCCCAGCAGUUCGAUGUGAUGGUCAUGCCGAACCUGUACGGCAACAUAGUGAGCAACGUGUGCGCCGGGCUGGUUGGGGGACCGGGCCUUGUGCCGGGAGCCAACUACGGCGAGGACUACGCCGUGUUUGAGACGGGCACCAGGAACACCGGGAAGAGCAUCGCUAACCGCAACACGGCAAACCCCACGGCCAUGCUGCUGGCCUCCUGCCUGCUGCUGGAUCACCUGAAGCUCCACGCCUACGCCAGCAUGAUCCGGAGAGCCAUCCUCUCCACCGUCACCGAGACUCGGCUGCACACUGCUGACCUGGGAGGCCAAGGCUCCACCUCUGAAGUGGUGCAGACCGUCAUGAACGCCGUUCAGAGCACCGGGCCUCGGACGCUGAGCAUCUAGAACAAACACACGUCAACAUUCAGCAGAGAUGUGUGUAUUAGCGUGCCUCUCUCCAGCAGGUCCUCUAUGCAAUUUUAUAAUAACAAUAGCGCAUCGUUUGAUUGUAAUACUAAAACUGUGCGCAAAAACAGUCUAUGCAACAGUUUUUAAUCUUAAUGUAGUGUUUCCUCGCCUCCAGGCUGUUUUUUUGAAGGCUGUUUUUUGAAGUCCUUUGUUUGCACCUGAAUCAACCAUCAUACUGUGUACUGUAUUUAACACUACAACACAAUACCACCUAAUAAGUCAUUUCCAUGUUUAUUAGUUUAGUUGAUUUAUUAAUUAAUUGUGCAUUUAACUUAUUUUAAACCAAACACAGCUGUUUGUCUUCUGGAGCACAGCUGUCCCACUACUGAAUGUAUUUGUCUCUAAUAAAGCUC